AUGAACCUGAUGAUUGGCGACGUGGUGGCCAUCCCCUUCGGCACGCGUGGCACGGUGCUGGGCCCGAGGCCUGAAGGACGGAUCGAGGUGAGCUUUGAGGAGAGCAGCGCGGAACCGGCGAAGAAUUUGAACGUCCAAAGCUUCGAGAUCCAACCCGCCAAAGAACUGCUAG